GAACGGUGAUAACGUGGCGGCGAGUCCGCGCGCCUCAGUCAGCGACGCGGGUUCGCGUAGAGCGGUCGCGUAUAACGUUAGUGUCGGUCGAGUGACGUGCGGAACUCUGUGUUCGCGCUCGCGUACGCGCCGCAUUCCAUCGUGGGGGCCCUUCGCCGCCAUUGGCCGAUCCCGCGUGACGUCACUCCUCGUAAUGAGGUAUUCAACAUGGCCGUGUAGCUAGUUCGCGAGUGUGCUUCGUUAUUCGUUUGAAUGGAUUUAAUCAGUGAAAUAUGCCAAGGAGACGAAACGGUGAGAUACCCUUGCCCGACGGAUGGGAUUAUGCGAGGGACUUUGAUGGAAAAUUGUAUUUCAUCGACCACAACAAUAGAAAAACGACGUGGAUCGACCCGCGAGACAGAUACACAAAGCCUCAAACAUUCGCGGACUGCAUCGGCAAUGAGUUGCCUCUGGGAUGGGAGGAGGCGUACGAUCCUCAGAUCGGUCCAUAUUACAUCAAUCAUGUCAAUCAGGUGACGCAGCUCGAAGACCCCAGGCUAGAAUGGCUGAGCAUUCAAGAAGCGAUGCUAAGAGAUUACCUCCAUACCGCUCAGGAGGCUCUCGAGGCAAAGCGGGAGAUGUACGAUGUCAAAAAGCAGAGGCUGUGUCUAGCUCAAGAUGAGUACAAGCACCUAAACAAUGCCCUGUCCACCCUCGCCGCGUCUCGAACAAGCCUGUGUUCAUCAACAACUUCCGUGACGACUACAUCAACGACGUCUCGUCAUGAUCCCGAACUACUUCGGUCUGAGGUCACUCAGGCGCGCGGUAGAGUCGCGCAGUUGAGGAAGGAGCUAAGACAAGCCAGGGCAGAGGUGGCGUGUGCCAGAAGAGGGGUUGACACGCUUGCCGAAGUGGAGCAAAAAUUGAGCUCUCAGCAAGGAUGUUAUAAUAUAACCGAAGCUCAAGCGAUAAUGACCGAAUUGAAGAACGUUCAGAAAUCUCUUACCUCAGGUGAAAAAGAGCGAGCUGAUCUUAUGCAAUCGCUGGCUAAGUUGAAAGAUGAUUUAACGAGGCUACAAUUAGCUGAUGCUUCGCCCGAUCUCUCAACUCUGAGCUUACCCCAGGAAAAAUUGAGCACUGCCUCCCAAACCGAUUUAUGUGCGGACUUAGUCCCUAUUGGCACAAGACUAGCUGAAAUGGCGCGGGUUCGCCUACAAUACGAUGAAGCUAGAAAACGGAUACAGCAAAUCCAGCAACAGCUUGCUGAUCUGGAGGACAAAGUCCAACCGGGUCAAGCGGAAUCUGAUAAAGAUCGACUUCUACUUUUUCAAGAGAAAGAGCAGCUCUUACGAGAACUGAGGAGUAUAACUCCGAGGACGAGAUCGAAACAAGAAAUGAGCGACAUCCAAUCAGAAUGCAAGAGAUUAGAACAAGAUUUGAAGAAUGCAUUCGAGAUGUCGAAUAAAUGUAUAGCGGACAGAUUAAGGCUACACGAAGAGAAACAGUUAUUGUUACAGCAACUUAAAGAUGCAUUGACGUCCAUGACGACUUUGGAAGGACAGUUGAAAACCUUGUCAGCGUCUACAUUGUCCGUAUCAAGUAGUUCGAGUCUAGGGUCCCUUUCAACAGCGAGUAGUAAGGGGUCCUUGAGUUCGGGUAUCAGUUUUACAGACAUUUACGGUGGGCCGCAGAUAGCAAGUACCUUUCAAGCUGACAAACCUAUUGAUAUGGUGGAUCUACAUAGACGAGUGGAAAGAUUACUUCGCGGUGCGAGCUUCCCAGACAGUGCUACGCCGGGCGCAAGUAGUUCACCAUCUCAACCUUCUUUAUCUCCAAGAAGCAGUUUAUCAUCAGCAAGCCCACCACCGCCACCACCAUCUUAUAAUCAGGUGGAGAGGCAAAGACGACAGCAAAGAGAACUCGAAGAGAAACUCGCUGAAAUGAGGAUAGGCGUCGCCACGGGACUUAACGAAGUCACUGGGCUGUCUACAAUUCCUGUGCAACUCCAAGGUCCUGGACGACCCUGUGAGCCUCUAUCCCCCAUUUCGGAAACACCUCCGCCACCGCUCUCACCGAGAACUCCAUCAUCUAGUGGUACAAACACUAGAUCAGUAUCGGCAGCAGUAAGCGACGAGUCGGUGGCUGGCGACUCCGGUGUAUUCGAAGCCGCGCAGGCUGGAGACGCAGCUAAUGCUGUGAACAGUGCACAAAUUGAGAUCAAAUUGCGCUACUGUUCCGACGAGAGUGCGCUCGAAAUCGGCAUCCUGAGAGCUAGGAAUCUUCACGCUUUGUAUAUCGAUAUGGAAACUGAAGUGGCAGUCCGCGGCGCACUCGUGAUGGGUGGUGGCGGUGGUAUCGCUUUCAGUACCACCGCUUUAGCUUGGCGGGGUGCCACUCUGCUGUGGAGGAAAAACCAGAGAGCAUCUCUGGGACCUAGGGCAUUGAGGGCUGCAACGCUACAGCUGAAUUUAGCUGCUGGAGCUGAAUGCUUGGGUUGCACGCAAGUCAGCUUAGCGGACUUCGACCCGGAUUCCGUGUCCCAGAAAUGGUACAAUGUGUUGAGUUUUAGAAGCAUGAGACGAGACGAGAGCUCCGACGAAUCUACGGUCAUUAGUUCGCAGACCUCUACUCUCACGAGGAACAGAGGACCAGAGAGUAUGACUAGUGCGGAAUGUAAUGUGGACUGUGAGAACUCUGCCUCUGAAGACGAGGAGUCAAGGGAACCUUUAAAUCAGAUCGUUGAAGAAGAUUCGUUCGAAGAUUACAUUCCUGAAGAGGACAUAACGUUGGAGGACGAGUACUUACAUCCCGCCACCGCCGAGAAAGAGACAAACACUGAGUGCAAUUUCUGUCCGGAGGGAGCAAGACAACUGCAUAGACGCAAAAGUCAACAAGUUAGCUCAAACCCUGAAGAGUCGCUCGCGACUAUAAAACGAUCUCAAACGUUCUCGCCUCAACCUCAAAGCAUCAGCAAAGGCCAGUACAUUUGCAGAUUAAACCGAUCUGAGUCUGACUCGUCCAUGGCGCAGUACGCGCGAAGAGGCACGCUACAACCCCCACCUGUGGGCAUUCCGUUCGAUAGGAGCGUCCGAGAAAGGAGAUCCUUGAGAUGGGGCCGCGGCGGCGCGGCGCGGCGCGGGGCGGCGCGCAGCCGCUCGGCGCGCACGUCGCUCGACCUGUCGCUGGACCUGCGCGCGCAGCACUCGCGCCUCACCGACCUGCGCCACGAGAUCGCGCACCUCACGCACCUCAAGAAGAGAUUAGAAGAAGCUUGCGCUCACGGUGACCCAGCUGUUGCCGCGUGGGUGGCUGAAGACGAAACUCUUCGGAGGCUAAUCUCAGCGCCGCUGGAAUCUGGAGACAGAGUGUCCAGACUGUUUCAUCGUACGUGUAGAGAGAUAUAUCGGCUACGGAAGUCCAGGCAGGGAGGAAGGAAACCGGAUUUGGUGACUUUCAAAGAAAAGAUGGCAUUCUUCACGCGCGCCAAAUCAACCGUACCAGUUCUACCCGAUGAGGAAGGUGAUUUAUCUGAAGACGACUGGGAGGAACUCGAAGAGAGACGGACCCCAGACGGAAGAUCGUCCAAAACCUCCUACGAACUACGCAGGGAACCAGCCAGCAGCCAAACCGAUAACCGAGACCAAGUGACCCAGGUUAUCGAAUGCAAAAACCCGUGUAUACCUGAACCAUUUAACUUGACUAUCCAUGAAGAUAACAAUGAGGAAAAGAACGAAGCCAAGACUGAGGAUGUGAGGUACGACUUUGUCGUUGACAGAGUCCUAGGUGUUCAAGUUUGAGUGGACUAGUUGGACUAUAUAGGAAAUGUAACUAAAUAUUAUCAGCCAAAAUGGCUUUAAAAAGCAGUCUCAAUGGAAAUUUUUAGAUAAUGUUUAUGAAAUUGUCUUCCAAAAGCUGCUACUAAUUCUAUUUCAAAAGAUUUUUUUUUUCUAAAAAAAAGAUAAUUAACCUUUUUGUUAAUUAAAAUGAUUGUAAAGUUUUUGUUUUCAAUUGUGUCCAACUAGUUAUGCCUGUUAUUUGUUUAGAUUUAAGAUUAGUUAAGAGGAAAGAUCAGUAUGAACUGUGGCUACAGACGUGCGGUUACGUUAGGUAUCUUAGUGGUCUGUUACUUAGGACAUUCGAUUUGUUAAGGUAUACCGAAUUGUGAUAUAUUAAAUAUUUUAUUAUUUAACUAAAAUGUAACUAUAUUUGUUAUUAUCAGAUAAUUUAAUUUGAACUCCUCAACAAAAAAAAUCAAAUUUUAAAAUUGUUUUUUUCCCACGUUUGUUAGUAAUGCGAAGGAAAUAUUUAACAUUUCAAUAUUUAAACUAAAAUGUAAAUUUAAUUGCUCUAAUUUGAUCUUUAGACCUCACAAAAUUAAUUUGUUGCAUACAUAAGAUAAGAUAAAAAGAAAAACAUCUGUGUUGCCGUUACAAAAAAAAAAAAUAUUUUAUAUAUCACAAUUAGGUUUAGUAAAAGGAUCGUAAUAUACGGCACCAUAAUAAAAUUUCACUUAUUUACUGUGAUUGCAAUUGCCUUUUGAGAUUUCUAGAUUGAAGACUGAAAUGUAAUAAUUAUGUAUCUAUUAUAUUAUAUAUAAACCACAAUCAUGUACGUACACAUGAAAAUGGGGUGCCAUAAUGAAAUCAGUAGAAAAUCGAUCGGAUAUAUAGAUCUAUUCACACACGAAGGCUUGACGCCCCCCACCCCCCUACGCUAGAUUAUCGGACAACGUAAAAAUAAUAGGUUUUUUUUUGUGACAUUAGUAAUGUUACGCACACUUUAACCAAUUUUUCUUUAUUUAUUUAUUAGGAAGCCAUCGUUAUAUACUGAGAAUAUAUUUCUUUAAAACAUAUACAUAUAUAUGUUAUUAUAAAUAAUAGUGUGUUUAAGAAAAGCAAUACUAAAAUUUAACGGAAUUUAUAAUUAACGUUAACUAACAAUGAUGACAAGGAAUAGUAAGACCCAAUGGUGAUAAAAAAAUCAUAUUAUUUGAAAUUUUUAAAAGAUAUAUAUGGGUUCGGGUCAUAUAACUUCAUAAAGUAGGUUUUGAGUUUGACCGUAUAUCAGUUAAACGAUUUAUUAAAUAAAUAUCAUUUUUUUCUCAUUUUAAUACCGAUAAUUUAGCGGGUGUGUGUGUGGGGAGGGGGGGUUUCCUUUGCGAGCGAACAGAUCUGUAAGUUUUAUUAUAUACAUUUUUAUAUAUUAUUGUACAAAAAAAAAACGUGCCUUAAAUUUCGGUGCCUUGUUCGUUCGGCCAACCGUGUGCCAUAAUGGGCAAAAAACAUCGGUGUACAAAGUAGUGUAUGGAGAGUCACAAAAAAAAUGCCAAACUUUUUUUUUUUUAAUAAUAGUGGAAGUGUAAAUAGAUACGUAAAGACCCACCGGGCUAUAUCGGUUGUAUAUAACGAAUUGUAGGUUCCACCGAAUAAGAUGACUUGAUAGGCCAAAAAGUUCGCUUUUGUAUAUACGGCUUCGAUUGUUGUGCUUUUCGUUGUGUCGUGGGUCACACGAGGAGAUGACGACAAUUAUUAUGUAGUAUUUGUUCUAUUCUCUAUUAAAUUUGAGAUUCAAAAUGUCAAUUUCAUUUUGACAUUAGACAGCUUAUACUAAAAUGUAUUCUUUUGGUUACUGUAGAGAUUUUAUUUAAAAGGGUGUGGCCGAUUUUUACCUGCCAUAAUUCAUUCCUAGUGAAUUGUUUAUUUAAACCGUCAUUGGGACCAACCCUUUCCAACCUCCUAGUUAAGAUAUUAUUCGCCAACUUUUCGUCCAAAUGUUGGUUGUUGGAAUUGCGUUGUGUAUUAUUCGAGUUUUUAUAUUAUAAUUCCAUGAAAUCGUGUGAACAUUUGAUCUGAAAUUGUACUGAUGGCAGACAUCUCAAUAUUUCGACCUCGUACGAAAGAUGUGAGUUAGAUUAAUUAUUGUAAAUCUUGUAAAUUGAAAGCGUGUAAAUAAUUCGAGAUUAAAUAUGCAUUCUGAUUUUAAAAUUAUUAAUUAGAUGUAUUUUAAGUAUUUUAUAACGAAGCAACGGCUCCGUAGAUAGUUGUAAUAAUUAAUGUUGCAUUAUUGUAAAAA